GGACGAAUUUUACUUAUUUCACUUAUUUCGGUAGGCCAGUGAGUGAAAUUAACCAACUACUUAAAAAUUACACCAUACAAAAAAGAACCUACUUAAAAAUUACAAAUAUAGUCCUCCGAGUUGUGCGAUCUUUCUGGAAAACUGGAAAAGAGAGAAACGGGGACACAAAGACACAUCCCCGCGAGAGCUACAAAUCAAAUAAGAAAAUCGGUAAAAAGCCAAAGAACAAAAAAUAAUUUUGUUCUUUCUCCUCCCUCCUCCGUCCCCAUCUCAAUUCUCUCACUCUCAUCAGAGCAUCAGCAGUGAAGCAUCAAUCAUCGAAUCACAACGUCGAAUGGCGGGCCCACCGCCGGGACCCACAAGGAAAUGGGGGAAAAAGAAUAUCUCGCCAUUCCCCGUAUAAAUAAUGAGGCCACGUAGAGACGCAGGCAAACGCAAAUCCCCUUCCCAAACAAGCCCCACUACCGCGGCCGCACCAGCAAUCGCAGAAGGCGAGUCCUCUGCCCCGAGGUCGCCGGCGGGACACCACGAUACCACCAUCGCCACCGCCACAGCCGCCCUCUCGCCGCCGGUAGGCUACCAACUGACGCUGCUCGCGGAGCUGUUCAUGGCGGGGCAAUCGAGGAAGUGGAUGAUACUGGUGGCGACGAUAUGGAUUCAGGCCUUCACGGGGACGAACUUCGAUUUCUCGGCCUACUCCUCGCAAUUGAAGUCGGUGCUGGGGAUCUCGCAGGUCCAAUUGAAUUACCUCGCCGUGGCGUCCGAUUUGGGGAAGGUUUUCGGCUGGUCGUCGGGGCUCGCCCUGAUGUACUUCCCGCUGUGGACGGUUCUGUUCUCGGCGGCGUUUAUGGGGCUCUUCGGCUACGGGCUUCAGUGGCUCGUGAUUCGGAACGUCAUCUCCCUGCCUUACAUUCUGGUGUUCAUUCUCUGUCUACUGGCUGGAUGCAGCAUAUGUUGGUUCAACACCGUAUGCUUUGUUCUCUGCAUCCAAAACUUCCCAUCUAACCGCUCCUUGGCUCUGUCCCUCACUGUAAGCUUCAACGGGGUAAGUGCAGCCCUCUACACGCUUGCUGCCAACGCCAUAGAUUCAUCAUCAAACGAGGUCUAUCUUCUUUUAAACGCCCUUUUCCCCAUAAUCACUUCCAUUGUAGCAUUAGUCCCCAUUCUUCGCCAGCCAAAUCUAGACCCUCUCCCCCCUGACGGAGUCCGCCGUGACUCGGUCGUAUUUCUCAUCUUGAACUCUUUAGCCGUCCUCAACGGCAUCUACCUUCUCCUCUUUGGCUCAAACACAGAUGACAUCACAGCAGCUCACUUACGCUUCGCCGGAGCCAUAUUCCUCCUGGUUCUGCCGUUGUGCAUCCCUGGAAUUGUCUACGCCAGGCAGUGGUUCCACCAUGCAAUCAACACCAGCUUCCAAAUCCCUGAAGGCUCCACCUUCAUGCUUGUCGACGUGGACGACCUGGAGCUUCACAAGGAGCUUCUCGCCCGGGACACCACCAACAAUGGAGAUGGGGAUUUCAUGACCUGGAAUGAUUCGACCCUCGUCCUGAAAAGCAUCGACGACGAGGAGGGCCGUGAUCGAAAGGGGAACUGUUGUGAAGGUGUGGUUGGAAGAGAUAAGCUGGCUAUGCUUGGGGAAGAGCACACAGCUUGGCUGCUGGUGAGAAGGAUGGAUUUCUGGCUCUACUUUCUUGCCUACUUCUGUGGAGGAACCAUUGGACUUGUGUACAGCAACAAUCUGGGCCAAAUUGCACAAUCUCUUGGGCAGGGAUCUUGCACUACAUCUCUCGUCACUGUGUAUUCAUCAUUCUCGUUCUUCGGCCGCCUGCUCUCUGCUGCACCAGACUUCAUAAGAACGAAGAUUUACUUCGCGAGGACAGCGUGGCUGACGAUCGCCCUACUGCCCACGCCGGUCGCUUUCUUCCUGCUGGCUGCAUCAGGCGACAAGACGGGGCUCUACAUAGCCACGGGACUCCUGGGACUGAGCUCCGGCUUCAUAUUCGCGGCGGCGGUGUCCAUAACUUCAGAGCUCUUCGGUCCCAACAGCGUAAGCGUCAACCACAACAUUCUCAUCACCAACAUUCCCAUUGGAUCGCUCAUCUACGGCUUCCUUGCCGCCAUUGUCUACGAUGCCAACGCAAUGUCGUCGUCGUCGUCCGGCGGCGGAUCGGGGAACAUGGUGAGCUCCGACUCCAUUGUGUGCAUGGGGAAGGACUGUUACUUCCUGACGUUCGUGUGGUGGGGAUGCCUGGCCAUUAUUGGGCUGGCUUCGAGCAUGCUGCUGUUCUUGAGGACGAAACACGCUUAUGACCAGUUUGAGAAGAAGCGUGCUGCGGCGCAAGUUGAUUAGAGAAAGGGGGAUUUUUUACUUCGAGGGGGAAAGAGGAGAACUUUUUUGUGUUUGUUCGACAGAGAUUUAGCGGGGUGGCGAAAUGUGCAUAUGUAUAUAGCAGCUGUCUCUACGUUGAGCCUUGUUCACAGAAGUUUUCCAUUGAUGAAGAAGGAAGUGUAAUCUAGGACAUUAACGCCGCAUGCAAAGAUUUUGAUUCUCGAUUUACAUCUAUAUAUUUGCAGAGCGGUCUCUUUUGUAGGGGAUAGUGAAUUGUCCUUUUUGUUCUUGUUGGUUGGUUGAACUCAAUAAGAACAUCUUGGUGGCAGUGAACACAGAAGCAGCAUACUCCCUCCAAGCCACUCCUCUCUCUUGACAUCUGUUGUUUCGGGUAGCCCAGGUUGAUAUAUAACUUUGAGGAAACAAUCUAAGCAAAUGUGGUGAAUGAGAUAAAUCUUA